CGCGACAUCAUGAUUUGAUUAUUUUCCCGUCGCCUCCCCCCGACUGGCUUAAACUCGAACUCGAGUCGCUAAUCCUUUUCCUCGUCACGCCCCGUCUCCGAACCUCGCUCGCCGCCAUGGACGAUUCGAAGGGGAGCGGCGGCGGGGGCGAUAAGCCCAGCGCCGAGCCCAACCCUAGCCCGAAUCCGCCCCCACCUGCCGCGGCGGCUGCCGGGGCCGGGGACGACGGUGCCGCCGCAGCCGCGGCCGCGGCUGCGGCCGAGGCGGCGAGGCGGCCUUUCACGGCCCUCAGCCAGGAGGAGGCCGACCUCGCCCUCGCCCGCGUCCUGCAGGAGCAGGAGCGGGCGUACAUGUUGCUUCGGAUGAACGGCGGCGGCGGCGAGGGCAGCGACUACGGGAGCUCCGUGGCCGGGAGCUACGAGUACGACGAGGAGGCCGAGGAGGACUACGAGGAGGAGCUGGAGCACCACCUCCGCGUCCACCACCACGAGCACCCCGCGGGCGAUGUUGAUGGCGAGGGCGAGGGCGCCGAGGGCUCCGAGGGUGCCGAGGGGAGCGACUACGAGGAGGAGUUCGAGGAGGAUGAGGAAGGGGAGCCAGAGGUAGAUCCCGCGGACUUUGAGGACGACGAGGCAUACGCCCGUGCGCUGCAGGAUGCUGAGGAGCGUGAGGUCGCUGCGCGGCUUAUGGCUCUCGCUGGUCUCAGCGAUUGGCGAGCAGUGGAUGUGGAGCAUGAGGAGGAUCAUGUGAAUGAUCCACAGGAGGCAUGGCAGGAGGUUGAUCCAGAUGAAUACUCUUAUGAGGAGCUAGUUGCAUUGGGCGAAGUAGUUGGUACAGAAAGCAGAGGUCUCUCUGCUGAUACACUUGCUUCUUUACCUUCAGUGAAGUACAAGGCACAAAAUGUUCAGGAUGGCAACACUGAGCAAUGUGUAAUUUGCCGUGUGGAAUUUGAGGAUGGUGAAUCUUUGAUUGCCCUUCCCUGCAAGCACUCAUACCAUCCUGAAUGCAUAAACCAGUGGCUGCAAAUAAAUAAGGUAUGCCCUAUGUGCAGCGCAGAAGUUUCAACCUCAGGCAACAAGGAGGCGUAAGCGUGACCGCUCUCUCAUAUGGCCAUUUUCGGCACUUGAUGGGAAUAACUAGCGGCGUCACAGUACCAUCUGUAUUGUUGAAACAAAAGCAGAAAAAACGUAUCAGAAACAUGCAAGGAGAUUGUGUUUAAAAAAAACAUGCAAGGAGAUCAAGAAAUAUCUAAUCCUCGUUUCUGUUUUUCUCCUGGCUCUGCUCAUUGAACUUUCUUUGCCUUGCCGCUAUGCUUUAUGUUCCCUUGGGACGCCUUAUGGCUGUUGUACGAUCCAUAAGAUACACUAAUUAUAUUAUAUAUAUUAUAUUUAGUCAUUCUUUUUAUUGAUCC